GUGUUCAUAGAGAAAGACGCCAUAGGUAGCAAAGGGAGUUAGGGAAAGGGGGAAAGAAAAUGGUGUGCAUAAGGAAGGCGACGGUGAAGGACCUUCUGGCGAUGCAGGCGUGCAACCUCUUCUGCCUCCCUGAGAACUACCAGAUGAAGUAUUACUUCUAUCAUAUCCUCUCAUGGCCUCAGCUUCUCUACGUCGCCGAAGACUACAACGGUCGCAUCGUUGGCUACGUCCUCGCCAAGAUGGAGGAGGAAACCACCGACUGCCACGGCCACAUCACCUCCCUUGCCGUCCUCCGCACCCACCGCAAACUCGGUCUCGCCACCAAACUCAUGACCGCCGCACAGAACGCCAUGGAACAGGUGUUUGGUGCCGAGUACGUGUCCCUGCACGUGCGCAAGAGCAACCGCGCGGCCUUCAAUUUGUACACCGAGACCUUGGGGUACAAGAUUCAUGAUGUGGAGGCUAAGUAUUAUGCGGACGGAGAGGAUGCUUAUGACAUGAGGAAGCAGCUCAAGGGGAAGCAGCAGCAUCAGCAGCACCAUCUUCACCACCAUCACCACCAUCACCAUCACCACCACCACCAUCACGAACAUGGAGGCAUGUGUUGUUCCGGAGAGGUCAAGGGGAAUGCCAAAGCCACCUGAUUGAAUGGCACUAUAGAUUGGUGUCGUGGUAUGCGGAGCGGCAUUGAUCUACUGGAGCUUCAUUUGUUUGGCACCAUGGUGCGUGCCAGCAUAGCUGUGGCUGUUGUGGCCACUACUGUCUACAGUUUUGCUGGGAAAAAGGUUUGUUGGUUGUUCUACUUUCUUCAUAGUAGCGGUUACUACUUUGUGUUUAUGUCGCUGUAGCUGCAUGUUUUGAAUUGGCGAUUCAUGCCACUACGCAC